CAACAUUGCCGGGCCAUUCAGGGACUAUCGAAUGUUCCAUGACUCCGAAUAAGCCCAGACAUUGGUGACUCAACCCCAAGGCUUCCUCCUCUCGCAGGGUCCCUGUUCUUCAUCCCACUCCGGUCCCCCCGGGCUUUCUUUCACUCUUAAUCAUCCCUUCCACCUCGUUCCUGCCUCUUUUGCUAAGUGGCGGCAACAACCUCCACCAUCCCAUUUGACAGCUUGAUCUGCCUACCUUUAUAUCAACCUCAUCCGAUUGUAUCACUCACGUCUCUUCCCCCAUACCGUCGUUAUCCGUCAUCUGUAUUUCGUUGAACCACACAGUCAUCAUGUCUGACUCCAACGACCUUCGUCAUAACGGUACCGCGGCCAAGAGGGUCUAUAACCACAAGUCCAAAUGGGCCUACGGUGGUCGAACGGCACUUCCACAUCGUGAUGUCUCUCUGUCUGACCCAGUGACUCGUCCAGCGGCGCCUCAGAGUCACUCCCUGAAGUACUCCCGUCUCUUGCAGCUCGACCGAAAGGCCAAGUCCAACCAACUGGCGACCACCGCCAAGUUCACCCUGCAACAUGACAUUCGGGAGGCCCUUGACAGCGGCCCAUCCGACUCCUCCGCCGCGGAAGACGUUGAUGAACCAUCAGCCGCAAAGGAUGUUCUAGGACACCUUCAGGAGGAAGAUCUGUUAGAGCCAUACCAAGUGUCGGGACAGACAAUCCUGUCUGAUGCGAUAAGCAAGGCAGUAGAGAAAUUCGAGACACAAGAAACCGAGAAGCUUGUCGAGGAAUACGAAAUCAUCACUCGGGAGAGUGAGAUCGCCACGGGCUAUCUCGCCGAUGAUGAUUUCGAGCUAGUCGACCAUGAUCACGCAAGGCUGUAAAUGUUCUGAUGCUGUAUACUUUU